UCUCUAAUUGUGGAACAGACACGAACAAAAUGAAAGCGAUCGAAUAGCGAUUAAAUUAAUCCAAAUUAAGCGUAAAAAGAAAAACAAUUUAAAUUUCGACAUUAAUUAACCAACUUGGGCAGUACACAGGAAAUUUUCAGUGUUUUUUCAAGCGACAAAACCGUGGGUAAAACUAGCUGCAUUAACGAAUCAAAGUCAAUUUCUUUGUGCCCAGUGCAUGUGUGUGCGUGUGUGUACGUACGUGCGAUUCAUUCAUUUCCAUUACGUGUGUGCUGGCAAAAUUUGGACGGAAUAAAAGUUACCCAAAUAGCAGCAACAGCUCUUCGAUGACUUGUGCAAUUUUGUUGUUGUCUAAAUUGUCAAAAUAGAUGCGAGCAAUGUAGAGCUGCUGCUGGCCCCUACGAAGGGGGGCCUCAGCCAAGUGCCAUGAAAUAGGAAAACAUUUAUUUUAAACAUAUUUAAAAGAACGUGAUAUACUAAAUAUAUUGAUAUUUGCGGCGCAAUAUUAAAAGCGAAAAAACGCAUCACAAUUUGCGUUUACGUCUGAAGAAGAAGCAACAAAUACGUCAAGCACAAAUACCAAUACAAAGACAAUUUAAACGUAUUGGUAAAUGCGUAUGUGAAGGUACAUAAUAUACGUAUGAAAAGUAUUUGCGACAAAUUUCGGCGUUAUCAACACCAACACCACCCACCAGAAGCGCACAGUCGUUAGAAACAGCGAAACGUAGAGUAACCAAAAAAAAAAAAAAAAAAAAAAAACAAUAAUAAUAAAAAAGAAACGAAAAGAAAAAGCUCACCGAACACAGAACCAACUAAUUUGAUACGUAGAAUUAUGAACGUAGAGAACCAAUUGAAGACGCCGCUAACGCAGAUUCGUAAUUUGGUCAAACACGUGAACAAGCGAAAUUUUAAUGAGAGCAGCGAGCAAAUAAAGCAGUUUAUCCAAGAUUACGGCCUCGAAGCGGAUCGUAGCUGUCUGCGAUAUCUGUUCACGGUACUUAACUUGAACGAUCCGGCACCGAACGUCACCGCGCAGCUGCAGGCGAAGCUUCUCGGCGCGCACUUGCAGCGGCAACUGCAGUGCUCCUCGUUUGUGACCAACAUAUGCCUCGCCUUCGACCAGCAUUUUGCCAAGCAUAAGAGUCUGAAGCCAUUAGCACUUGCCGAUCUCGUUGGACAGGUGGCCAAGCUAACUGGCAUUAACAAACUUUGCGAGUGCAUCUUUGCGCUAGCGGUGACCCACAGCUCCCAUCCGGAGCUACGCCAGAGCGCACGUGAGAAUCUGCGCGGCUCGCUGCCCGAUCUGCUCGAUUCAUAUCUGGGCCAAAAUUCAGCUGCCGCAACUGCAGCUGCGAGUGGUCUGCACGAGAUCUCCUUUGAUCUGUUGCAGUAUUUGUUGUGCUGCCUGAGUGAGUACGUGAGCCCGCAGCUGGAGGCACAGUUUUUGAAUAAGCUGCGCGAGGAGUUUCCGCGUGAGGCGGUGCCAUUGGUUCUAGCCCCGCUUUUGUACCGUAGCCCAACGACGGCGACGACGACGACGGCGACGGCAGCCAAAUCGAACGAACCAACUGAUGCAGAGGAGGAAACGACGAACACGAACACGACGAACACCAGCAGCUGGAGCAGCUCAAAUGCAGAUAAUCUGAAUGAAGUUGGCAUUGAGGAUAUCUAUGACCAUUUAUGCGAGAUAAUAUUUACAAAUCAGGGCAAAAAUAAUAUUAUGGACACAUCUUGGAUUAAUUUAAUCCUUGAAAUCGGUUAUGAAUUUACAUCGAGCGUUGAAGAUUGCAAAAAUCAUUUGUGUUGCGGCGCUGGCGGCUCCCGAGAACUGCAGCCCAAAGAUGUUGCCAAAAUUGUUGGACUCAUGUGCCGCCGGCACUCGUCGCUGCUCGAUUGCAAUGUAAAUCUACCGACACCGGCGAAUUUCUGGCCCGGACAGGGACAACAGGCUGCUGGCAGCAGCAGCUCCAACGCUUCACAAACCGCACAACAGAAUUCUAGCAGCAACAACAACAACGAUGGCAGCAGCGAAACCAGCAGCGCUGCCAGCGAGAAGAAGGACAAAAAGGAUACAACAGACGCAACACAAACAUGGAAGCCGGAUGUGUUUGUACAGGCGCUCAAGGAGCUGGUGCCGCAGCUCAACUGGAAGGAGGUCUGCAUGGAGCUCGAUCAUCCCGAGUUUGUGCUGAAGGAUCGCAUCGGCUUGGAUCUGCUGCUAACCAUCCUAAGAUUGGCCACGCAAUCGAAUCUGUUUCCGCAACCGGAAUGCAUUUACCGCCAUUGGGCUAACACCGAGGGUCAAUUGUCGCUGAUAACGACCAUGCUGAAGAAUCCGGAUCUGUUCUCCUUUGCCGACUACGUGUUCAGUCAGCCGGCGUUGGAUGUGCUGAAAACGCCGCCCGAUGCUGAGAAUAAGGAGAUAGCUGCAUGGAAAUCGCUGCAUCUGGUUGAGGUGUUGCUCUCUAUUGCGGACAAGGGCUACUUUAGUCAGGUGCACGAGCUAUUCAAAUUUCCGGCACAAAAUUGUCCCGAUGUGCUGUUUCUGGCUCUGCUGCACAUAAAUCCGCCGUUGACACCAUUGCGCCAGGAUCUGUUCAAUCAGCUAAUACCCACGUUUCUGGGCAAUCAUCCCAAUUCGAAUGUGAUAUUGGCCAGCGCCUGGAGCUCCACCAAUUUUCAACUGCGGCCGAGCAUCAUGAACGCCAUGUCUGAGUGGUAUUUGCGCGGCAACGAAUUCGAUCAGGGCAAAUUGUCGCGCAUUCUCGAUGUUGCACAGGAUCUGAAGGCGCUCUCCUCGCUGCUCAAUGCUCGCUCGCAUCUGUUUAUCAUCGAUUUGGCCUGUCUGGCAUCGCGCCGCGAGUACUUGAAGCUGGAGAAAUGGCUGAGCGACAAGAUACGCGACCAUGGCGAGAUCUUCAUACAGGCCAUGAUCAAGGUGCUGCAACGCCGCUGUCCGCAGGUGACCAACUCGAAACUGCCCGAGGAUCAGCUGCCGCCCAAGCAGGCGCAACUGUUGCCCGAAACCGUGACCACAAUGAUUAACUGCCUUCAAGCUUGCAUCAAUACUUGCAUACAGCCGGAGACGGCCGAAAUGAUUAUGCAAAUGGCCAGCAAUGUGGCCAUAAUGGCUAGCAAGGCGCGCGCCGCACAGCAGCAGCAGCAGCAGCAACAACAACAACAACAACAGCAGCAGCAGCAACAACAGCAACAGGCUGGCGGUCCGCAGGGCCUGGUGCCGCCGCCGCCAAGUAUUUUGCGUGGACAUCGCGGCAUGGAUUUGCCAGGCGGCGGCAUUGUGCCCGGCUCGGUGCCGCCACCGCCGCAGCCACAGCAACCCUUCUCGGGCAAUCUGAAUGCACAGCAAAUGUUUGGACCGGGCGGCGGCAUGGAUCCGCUGACCAACAUGUCCAACAAUCUGGCGGGCCUCAAUCUGGGCGGUCCCAAUGGAGCUUUCAACUUUGGCAACAUGCUGAAUAACUUGGUUUCUACUCCAGCAUCUCCGUCGCGCCUCAUGAAUCCCGGCGCCAACCCCUAUCCGCCCAUUCCAAUACAAAUCCCAGCGCCGCCGCCGCCAAAUGUGGGCAAUCUGGGCCGUAUGCUGCCAGCUGGACCGCAACCAACGCCAACGCCACCGAAUCCCAAUAAUCCGGUCAUGGCCGAUCUACAGAUGCCCGUUUCCAAGGAGGUCGAGGAUGAGGCGAACUCAUACUUUCAGCGCAUCUAUAAUCAUCAGCCGAAUCCGACACUGUCCAUUGACGAGGUGCUCGACAUACUGCAGCGCUUCAAGGAGUCCAGCCACCGGCGCGAACAGGAGGUCUUCCUUUGCAUGCUGCGCAACCUGUUCGAGGAGUAUCGCUUCUUCUCCCACUAUCCGGAGAAGGAGCUGCAAAUAACCGCUCAGCUCUUUGGCGGCAUCAUUGAUCGCAAUCUGGUGCCCACAUUCGUGGCACUCGGGCUCUCGCUGCGCUGCGUUCUCGACGCACUGCGCAAACCGGAGGGCUCCAAGCUCUACUAUUUUGGCGUGACGGCACUCGAUCGCUUCAAGACACGCCUGCACACCUACAACAAAUACUGCGAGCACAUACGCUCCAUACCGCAUUUCAGCGACUUUCCGCAGCAUCUCAUCCAGUACGUGGAGUUCGGCAUGCAUGGUCAGGAGCCGCCGCCACAGAAACUGAUCGGCCUAAGCAACACCAUACCAACCUCGGCCAUUGCCCAGGGCGCCACGGAGCCGCUGUACCGCGCCAACUCAAUGCCCGGCAAUAUGGCAGCUGCUCCGAAUGUACAGAAGCAGCCCGUUGUAGUGUCGCAUGCCACGCGUAUGAAAUCGAUUGCAAAUGCGACCAACAUUGAUACACUGCUCGUGGCCAAGCAGGAGGAGAAGGUGACGGUGCCCCCGGAGCCGGUGCAGGACAAGACGGCGUUCAUAUUCAACAAUCUCAGCCAGUUGAAUAUACCGCAAAAAUGCGAGGAGAUCAAAGAGAUCAUGACCAAAGAGUAUUGGCCCUGGCUGGCGCAAUAUCUUGUGCUGAAGCGCGCCUCGAUGGAGUUUAACUUUCAUACGCUCUACUACAAUUUUCUGGAUGCGCUCAAGAACGUGGAGAUCAAUCGGUAUGUGACCAAGGAGACGCUGCGCAACAUUAAGGUUCUGCUGCGCUCCGAUAAGGGUGUCAUCAAUUUCUCGGAUCGCAGCCUGCUCAAGAAUCUCGGCCAUUGGCUGGGCAUGAUGACGCUGGGUCGCAAUCGGCCCAUUUUACAGCUGGAUCUUGACCUGAAGUCGCUGCUGGCCGAGGCCUAUCACAAGGGCCAGCAGGAGCUGUUGUUUGUGGUGCCAUUUGUGGCCAAAAUAUUGGAAUCAUCCGCUAAAUCGCGCAUUUUCAAAUCUCCCAAUCCCUGGACCAUGGGCAUUAUGUAUGUGCUCGGCGAGCUGCAUCAGGAACCCGAUCUCAAGCUGAACCUUAAGUUCGAAAUCGAGGUGCUCUGCAAGACGCUCAAUCUGGAACUGGAGAAGCUCAAACCUGUCAUCUACCUGAAGGAUCCAACACGGGCGCUGCUCAUCGAACAGCAAAUGUCACAGCCAAAGCCCAAGGUGGUCGAGCCGCCGCCCCAGCAGCAGCAGCAACAUCAACAGCAGCAACAGCAACAGGCGCAGCAGCAACAACAACAGGCGCAACAGCAGCAACAACAACAACAACAACAACAGGCGCAGCAGCAGCAACAACAACCAGCACAGCCGCAGCCACCGUCAGCUGAGGUAGAUCCGCAGGCGAUGCUGAUGAACAACAACAACAACUCGAAUGCACCCGGUUCCGUUUCAUCGCCCAACUUGCCCACAGAUCCCAGCCAGGUUGUGCUGCCGCCGCCGGAGCCGCGUUACUCCUAUGUCGAGGUGAAUGUGAACAAUUUCCAGUUGAUUGCCCAGCAGCUGGUGUUGCCACCGAAUAUACCCUUCCUGCACGCCAAUCCGGGCAUCAAGCACAUUGUGGUGAAUGCCAUUGAGCGCACAAUUACCGACUGGCUGCAGCCGGUUGUAGAUCGUAGCAUACGCAUUGCGUGCGCCACCACCGAACAGAUUAUACGCAAGGAUUUCGCAUUGGAUGCGGACGAGAAUCGCAUGCGCACCGCCGCCCAUCAGAUGGUGCGCAAUCUGGCCGCCGGCAUGGCCAUGAUAACCGGCAAGGAUGAGAUCGCCCGGGCUAUUAGCCAGAAUCUGCACAAGGCCUUCAUGGCUGCGCUGACGGGCGUGCAGAGCAUGGCCGAUAUGCAGGCCGCCUCAAUGCAGCUGGCCAAUGAGAAUGUGGAGCUCGUUUGUGCGUUCAUACAGAAGACAUCCGCUGAGAAGUCGGCGCUCGAGAUCGAUCGACGUUUGUCGACGGACUUUGAGACGAGGAAAAUCGCACGCGAAGAGGGCAGCCGAUUUGUCGAUGCACAAAUCUUGAGCUAUCAGCAGGAGCGCCUGCCGGAGCCAGUGCGUCUCAAGGUGGGCCCAGCGCCGCCAACACUUUACGCCGUCUAUUCGGAGUUUGCGCGCAGCAUUCCCGGCUUCCAGCAGAUGAGCGACCGGGACAUCGCACUGUUUGUGCCCAAGCCGCAGGAUAUACAGCCGCCGAAUGUGUUUGCCAACGAUGAGAGCAGCAUGGUCUAUGCCGAGGUGGCCAACAAAAUGGAAGCGUUCAUGAACACCGCCAUCAAUGUGCCCACCCUUCAGCUGCAGGCCAGCAAGAUGCACAUGCUGCUAAACGCUCUGAUGGCGACGCGUCGCCUGCGCGAUCAGGAGUCGGCGUUCAAUUUGCUGACCCGUGCCGUCGAGGGCCUGACAGAGGGUCUGAUCAACGUGCAGGAUCACAUGGAACAAAUGAAACUCUACCGGGACAUACACUUGCGCAUACUUAGCCUGCUGCACAACAGCUUCGGUGCACCCAACACCGAACGGGCGGUGACCAAAUGCUUCUUUGAUAUACGCGAGGAGGUGCGCUACAAUGUGGAGGCUGCACGCGCUCUCAUCACAUCGCAUUUCGUCAAUCUGAAUCAGUUCGAUGGCAUGCUGCGCGACUGCAUGGAUAAUGGCAACAAUUAUGUGGCCGUCUCCUUUGGCAUUGCGCUUCUCGAGCGCCUCAUCAUGGAGGAUCGGGCCAUUAACAUUGUCUCCGACAAUGAGUUUAUGGCCACCGUCGAGCUGCUCGGCCGGCUCACCCAGCAGCGUCAUCGCUAUCCCGAGUGCAUUGUCAAUGCCAUCGAGACGCUCUGGUCUGGCAAUCUGAAUACCAGCGAUUACGGCUCCUUCAAUCCGGGUGAACGCUAUCUGGCCGGCGCAUCUCAUUACAUACACUCCGGCAUGCAUCAUGUCAGGUCAUGCGACACGGAUGAUCCGCCUGGCCUGCAGGAGAAGACCGAGUUCCUGCUCAAGGAUUGGGUCGCGCUCUACACACAGCAGAAUCAGCUAACGACACGCGAUGCCCGCAAUUUUGGCGCCUUUGUCCAGAAGAUGAACACAUACGGCAUACUGAAGACGGAUGAUUUGAUAACGCGCUUUUUCCGUCAGGCCACGCAAAUCUGCACGGAUGUCGUCUAUCGCAUGUUCGCCGACCCGAGCCUGCCCAUUAACCAGGCCAAGAACAAGAUAUUCCAAUGGAUCGAUGCGUUUGUCCAUCUGAUUGCCAUGCUGGUGCGUCAUUCGGGCGAGGCGGGCAAUCCGACGACCAAGAUCAAUCUGCUCAACAAGGUGCUGGGCAUUGUGCUGGGCACACUGCUCAAGGAUCAUGAGUUGCGCGGCGUUGGAUUCCAACAGGUCGGCUACCAUCGCUUCUUCAUGAUGCUCUUCAUGGAGCUGUGCUCCGCCGACAGUACAUUGGAAUCGUUGAUGCACAGCAUCGUGUCGGCCUUUGCCUACACAUAUCAUCUGCUCAAUCCGAGCGUGGCGCCCGGUUUCUGUUUUGCCUGGCUGGAGCUAAUCUCUCAUCGCGUCUUCCUUGGCCGCAUUCUGGUCCAGAUACCCGGCCAGAAAGGCUGGCCCCUAUACGCCCAGCUGUUGCAGGAUCUCUUCAAAUAUCUCGCUCCAUUCUUGCGCAACACCGAAUUGGGCAAACCCGUCGGCCUCCUAUACAAGGGCACACUGCGCGUCCUGCUCGUGCUCCUGCACGAUUUCCCCGAGUUUCUGUGCGAUUAUCAUUUCGGCUUCUGCGACACAAUACCGCCGAAUUGCGUUCAGAUGCGCAACAUUAUAUUGUCGGCGUUUCCGCGCAAUAUGCGGCUGCCCGAUCCGUUUACGCCCAAUCUAAAGGUGGACAUGCUAUCGGACAGCAGCAAUGCGCCCAAGGUGUGCAGCAGCUAUAUCAUGAACAUACAGCCGCCCAAUUUCAAGAAGGACCUCGACUCGUACUUGAAGGCGCGCGCCCCCGUCACAUUCCUGUCGGAGCUGCGCGGCCAUCUGCAGGUGACCACAGAGCCGGGCACGCGCUACAACAUGACGCUCAUGAAUGCUCUGGUCAUGUAUGUGGGCACCCAGGCCAUUGCAUUGAUCAGAAACAAGAACUUUGUGCCCAACACGUCGAACAUUGCGCACAGCGCCCACAUGGACAUCUUCCAAAACUUGGCUGUGGAUCUGGAUACCGAGGGACGUUAUCUGUUCCUCAAUGCCAUUGCCAAUCAGCUGCGCUAUCCGAACAGUCACACCCACUAUUUCAGCUGUGCGGUAUUGCAUCUGUUCGCCGAGGCCAAUUCAGAGGCCAUACAGGAGCAGAUUACACGCGUCCUGCUCGAGCGCUUGAUUGUUAAUCGUCCGCAUCCGUGGGGCCUGCUGAUCACAUUCAUUGAGCUGAUCAAGAAUCCCAUUUACAAGUUCUGGGAACAUGAUUUCGUGCACUGUGCACCCGAGAUAACCAAGCUAUUCGAAUCGGUCGCCCGCUCCUGCCUGGCCAAGUCGAAUGUUACCCAGCAGCUGAACAUGGCCGUCGAUGGAGCCGAUAGCCAGGAGGUGGUCAACAUUAACUGAGUAAACGCAACGGUCCGACGCUUCAGCCUGGACAUAAAUUUUGUGCCCCAAUGAAACGUAGACAGCAGCAGCAGUAAGAGGAAGAAGCAGCAGUAGGAGGAAGAGAAGGGAGCAGCAGCAGCAGCAACAGCAGCAGCAGUAAGAGGAAAUAGCAGCAGCAGCCGUAGCCGUAGCCACCGCGGCCACCAUAAAAUCAAUUAUAUAUAUAUAUAUACUAACGAGAUGUGUUUAGUUUUUAGUAAAUCGUUUUAAGCAAAAUAUGAAA